AUGCCCUUUGCUUGCGACCUUGGUCAUCCACCUCUGCAGCUGUCUGCCGUCAUUCUUGUGGACCACCUUAAAACUGAAGUUGAAAAUUUAGGUAAGUGGAACUCUGCCGCCAAGGAAGUUAUUACCAAGGCGGAGCAGAAGUGUGGUGAGAUACUCAAGAAAGUAAGUACUACAGAAGAUAGUGGUGUAAUAAAGAAGCAAGCUCAAGAGCUACAGAAGAAAGGCGUUGAGCUUUUAACUGCUGCGACUGCGGCUAAGCGGGAAGUUGAAUUGAAAGUAACUGCGGCGUUGCAAGCUGUUGUCAAAAUGGACACAGAUCUCAAGAAGGAUUUGAAGAAAGUUAAAGAUGGGAUUAAGGGAGGGAUAACUCAGGUGAUUCAGAAGUUGGGAGUUUUAGGUUUGGACAAAAAAGUGCAAGAGGAUUUGCAGAGUUUGAAGGGGAAGAUUGAGGGGCUCACUUCAAACGGUAAGGUAGACAGUCUUGUGAAUAACGAGUUGGCGGCGCUUGAGAAGGCGAAGCAAACGUUUAAUGAGGAUACUAAAAAAAUCAAUACGGAGACUGCGGAACUUGAAAAGAAGUUUGAUAAGCAUAUCCAACAGCCGCUUACCCAGGCGGUCACUGCAGUUGACCAGGCGAUUGGGACACUUGGCGGGAAGUUUCCUAAUGGUGGCAAGUUGGAUACUAUUGAAAAGAUUUUCGGGCAUAUUAAAGAUAAGGUUGGGGAGAUUAAGGGGACACCGGGGAGCCUGAAUAAUAGAGGUGAAUGGGAAAAUAAUACUCCGGGAUCCGGCCUGGAGGGUAUUAACACAAAAGUGACGAAUUACUUCGGUAAGUUCAGCGGGCGUAAUUUUCAAUCUUAUAUAGUUAAAGGCUGGCUGGAAGACAGUAUAUUGAAAUACAACGGCCUGCUGAGGACUAAGCUUGGUUGGGGGCAAUUGGCGGAUGGUGAGGGUGACCACGCCAAUCUCGGGAUUGCCAUUAGUGGAAGACUAAACGCUCAGUAUCUUGAAGAAGAUAAUGACCCAACCUUCGCAAAAGCUGUGAAAAAAUUAAAGCAUGACGACAGCAGCAUGAAGGGCAAAAUCCAAUACGUCCACGACGUUUGCAAGGAAUUUGCCAAGGUGAUGGAUGACAAGCUGAAGAUUAAGCCAACUAAUGGAAAUGUCAGUGACAUAGUCAAGAACGUUAAGCAGGCUUUCACGAGUGGUGUUAGCGGACACCAACAAAAGAUAAAAGAGGAUGCAAAAAAGGCCAUUGAAGAGGCCGCAAAAAAUUGCAAAUGUGAGUGCGGAGAGCACUGCAACACCGGAAGCAAAACACCAGAAGAGUGCGCGAAAUGCGAUAAACCCAAAUGCAUUGUUAGUCAAAUCGUGGAAUUUACACUCUGCGCCCUGUCAUCCGUGGCCCAGCAAGUCCGCGAGGAACUUGAUUCACUGUUUCUCAGCCCGAAGGACGCAAACAUCGCAGGCUUCCUGGACGACGUGUACGGGAAAACAAACGCUCUUCACGGUCAGCUUACCGAGGCCACAACCCCUGUCCAACUUCCCACCCCUCCCACCGGCCAACCCGAAAGCCCCGCCAAAGCCGUGGACAAGACGUUGGAGGCGGUGAGGGAUUUUGUGAAUGGAAGUGGUGAUAAUAUUACCGAAAAGUUUAAUAAUCAAGUCACAAGAGAGCUUACCUCUGCAGUCGGCGGACUUCCAGGCGCCGUUCGCAAUUUCAAUGAUGCCGCCGAAAAGCAGAUCAAGGCUGCGGCCCAGACGGCGGUUGGGAAGGCGGCUGAGCAGAUUGGUGAUAAAAAUCAGGACCCUGACGUGAAGACUAAAAUGCCUAGUUUCCACCAAGCGCACGAUAAGAUCAAAAGUGAGCUCGAUAAACAACUCAGGUUAAAAGUUGACCAGCACAUUGGGGAGGAUGAUCCGCCAGGUGGUCAAACUAAAUUCAUACUUGCUAAAGAUUAUUUCAAGACUUACAAUGAUCACGUUGAUCAAAAACACAUUGAAGACCUCAAGAGCGGUGAUACCCUAAAAGGCAUUAAAAGCGAAGGCAAACUUCCAGCGGCGAUGGGGGACAUCAAGACUCAGGUGUUUGAUGUUGCUUUGAAUAUGAUCGAUCCAGAAGCUAAAGUCGAUGAGAAAGAUAAAAUUACUGGUACCACCUUCACCGGUCCUUUCGACGAAAUUAAGACUCAGCUUGACGAGAUCAGGAAAUUGGUUGAUGGUGAGGACGGUAUGGUUUUAUUUGACAUUGCUCACAUGUCUAAAAAAGGCGCUAAAACGUUGCUGACAGAGCUUAGUAAAUUACUUACAAACCCUGGAAGUUACACUUUUACAGUCGACGGGUCAAGUUACCAAACUGUCCAAGGCCUCGAGGCAAUUUACACCAAGAUCAACGAGCUGCAAACAGGGACGUUUAAUACUAAACCCGGCGAAAUUGGCACAGCCGUCACAGCAAUUAGGCAGCAGCUUGAAGAGCUUAGAGGGAAGUUGAAGAAUGAAAAGGAUAAGAAAGACGAUGUCAUCUACGCUUUGAAAUAUUUGAGAGGCUUUGGUUUUAGCUCUCUGAAGUGGAAGAAUGGUCAAAAUGGUGUGCAAGGCAAAGACGUUUAUGGCCUUGGGAAAGUGCACAAGGACCUUAAAGAACAGAAUGCUAUUUUGCCGGACCAGACGAAAAUCAUUGGAGAAGCCAUGAGACAAAUCCGGUUGGAACUCUUUAGGAUGGGAAUUAAAAUUCAAAAUAUCUUCAAUGAUGACGAUAUCCUAGACAAGCUGCGCCGGCUGCAAUAUAGGAUCGGCCAAGGUAAAAACAUAGGUCUUGAGGCAAUUAAAAACACAAUUCAGCAGCUGCAAGAACAGCCGUUUAAACAAAAACCCAUUGCCAUUGGAGAUGCCAAGCAAGAAAUUGUGGAUGAACUUGGGAAGCUUCAAAAAGAGUUGCAAGGCGCCAAGGGCAACGAUGUCAUGGAGACGCUGAAAGAUUUGCAGAACAAUGGACUAAGUGGUGAACAUGGGUGGAAUAAAAAUAAACAAGGAAAUAGUAAAAGCCUUAAAAACAUCGAAGAUGCACUUCAAGGUCAACAAACUACGCUGUCCUCCCAGCCCACUGCAAUCGGCGGUGGCGUCACCCAAAUCACCGAUGAGCUUCAAAGGCUUCAGAAGCAGUUGAACGCUGAGGUCACCGAGAAGCUCAAGAAGCUGAAACAGCAUGGCCUUGAAAAAGGUGCUACAAAAUGGAAUGAAGGUAACAAUAUCAAUGGCCUCGUCAAGAUGAAGAAUUAA